AUGGUCGACGAUUCGAUUGCGCCCGAUCCGGACUUAUAUUCCAGUCAACCGACCUAUUACCCAGAUGACUGGCAAUCGGAAACCACUUCGAUCGGCUCUUCGAUCUAUCGAGGUCUGAUGGAAAAUGGCCGACGGUAUCAAACUCUCAGUGAGAAGGAAUAUCUCGUUCCCUCCGACGAUCAAAUGUUCGAGACUUACGAGGCUGGUCAUUUGGUCGCGAUGGUGUUAGACUCGGAUAAGGAGAAUCCACUGUUUCGAUCGCCCGUAGGAUCUCAGCCCAAGCACGUCCUCGAUAUUGGAACGGGCAAGGGUAACUGGGCCAUCGAUGUCGCGGAUAUGUUUCCUGAUGCGACCGUUCGCGGUGUCGACCUCUUCCCGCCUCCCGUCACUUGGAUGCCACCGAACUGUGUGCUGGAAGUCGACAACAUCCUUAAUGAAUGGACAUGGCGAGAGCCCUUCGACUUGAUCCACAUGCGGAUUAUGACCGGCUCCUUCGACUCCGCAGAAUGGGAUCGAGUCUACAAGGCAUGCUACAACAACCUCCGCCCAGGCGCCUGGAUCGAACAAAUCGAAGCUAGUCCGUACAUUGAAUGCGACGACGGAAGCUUGCCAUCUGACAAUGUUCUCUGCACUUGGGGCCCUAACGUCUCAGACUGCGGUAAGCGCGCAGGGCGGGAUCUUGACAGCAUCGACACCAUGCAGGAGAGCAUUCACAAGGCUGGCUUUGUCGAUAUUCAAGAGCAGUCUUACAAGUGGCCUAUUGGUCCCUGGGCCCGCGAUCAGAAGUACAAGGAGGCUGGUAUCGUCAACUACCAGCACUGGCUUUCUGGUAUGGAGGGAUGGUGCAUGUGGCUGCUGACGAAAUUUGGAACUCCCAAGCCCUGGACGAAGGAGGACGUUCAGGUCUAUAAUGCUAAGCUGCGCACCGAGCUCAAGAACCCGCAUUUCCACAUCUAUCAAAGAGUGCGACGAGUGUGGGCGCGUAAGGCCAUGCAAGAUGAACUCACCGGCAAGACCCCGGAGAAAGCGAUCAAGGUCGAAGAUGACUGA